UGAAAAACAUCGACGCCAGAUUUCGAGAGCUCUGCGGCGUGCCUUGCUCUCUCUCUCUCUCGCUCUCGCUCUCCUUCGCCGUGUCCGCUCUCUCUCUCGAUAGAUCUCCGAUGCUCUUCUCCUCGAGGAUUUGAUCUGCUCUCGCAUCAGAGGAGAAUCAUCUCGUCAGCUGAAGGAGCUCUUAAUUCAUCCGAGCUGAAUAUAGUAGAUCCGCCGCCAUGAUUUCGCAGAGCAAGCUCAAGGCCGUGGACUUCUACAGGAAAAUCCCUCGAGAUUUGACUGAGGCAUCCCUCUCAGGCGCAGGACUAUCGAUUAUAGCUGCUCUCUCUAUGAUGUUUUUAUUUGGGAUGGAGUUGAGUAAUUAUUUGGCUGUCAACACCUCCACAUCUGUAAUUGUCGAUAAUAGCUCUGAUGGGGACUUCCUGCGAAUGGACUUCAAUAUCAGUUUCCCUGCGCUUUCCUGUGAAUUUGCAUCUGUGGAUGUGAGCGAUGUUUUGGGAACAAAUAGGUUGAAUAUAACGAAAACAGUGCGUAAGUUUUCAAUUGAUCGAGACUUGAAAAUUACUGGCUCUGAAUUUCAUUCAGGACCAGUUUCACAUGACAUUAAGCAUGGAGAUGAUGUUGGUGAGGAGUACGGUGAACUUGAAGGUUCUGUUCCGUUGACUUCUCACAAUUUUGACAGAGUGUCUCAUAUGUUUCCAAUUGUGGUGGUUAACUUUUAUGCACCGUGGUGUCCCUGGAGUGUUCGCCUGAAACCAUCAUGGGAGAAGGCAGCUAAAAUAAUAAGAGAAAGAUAUGAUCCAGAAAUGGAUGGGCGCAUCAUCUUGGGAAAGGUUGACUGCACUGAAGAAGGUGACUUGUGUCGGAGGAAUCACAUACAGGGGUACCCAUCCAUUAGGAUUUUUCGCAAGGGAAGUGAUUUGCGAGAGGACCACGGACACCACGAGCAUGAAUCAUACUAUGGGGAUCGAGAUACAGAAAGCCUGGUCAAGACAAUGGAAGCACUAGUUGCCCCAAUUCCUGUGGAGUCUGAGAAGCAUGUUCCAACAGCGACUGUAAAACGGCCUGCCCCAUUGACAGGAGGAUGCAGAAUUGAAGGAUUUGUGCGCGUAAAGAAGGUUCCAGGCAACCUUAUCAUCUCAGCUCGGUCGGGAGCUCAUUCUUUUGAUGCAUCUCAGAUGAACAUGUCACAUUUCAUUUCUCACCUGUCAUUUGGGAGGAAGAUUGCACCCCAUGUAAUGAGCGAUGUCAAGCGUUUGAUUCCCUAUUUAGGUAGAAGCCACGAUAGGCUGAAUGGACGGUCUUUCAUUAAUCACAGGGAUGUCGGUGCAAAUGUUACUAUAGAGCAUUAUCUCCAAAUAGUCAAAACAGAAGUGAUGACAAGAGGCACACACAAGUUGGUCGAGGAGUAUGAGUACACGGCCCACAGCAGUCUGGCGCAAAGCCCUCAAAUUCCCGUCGCAAAGUUCCAUUUCGAGCUCUCCCCCAUGCAGGUCCUAAUAACUGAAAACCCGAAGUCCUUCUCACAUUUCAUCACGAACGUCUGUGCCAUUAUAGGAGGCAUUUUCACGGUUGCCGGGAUAUUGGACUCGGUUUUGCACAACACUAUUAGGCUCAUGAAGAAGGUCGAACUGGGCAAAAACUUUUGAUCUGACGCAUGAAAUUAGUUUGGUGUAAAGAGAGGCCAUCUUUCUUGUGCCCGAUUAACAGGGGCCUCUCGGUAGGUAAAAACCAGCUGCUAUGAGUGGCUUCUUUUCAUGUACUGUAUACUUCUCUCUAGGAGGUCAUUUGAUGAGAAAUACUAUACUUUUUUUUUUUUGUACGAGGGAAAUGAAUUGAUAAAAGAUUUAUAACAAUUAAAAUCAUUAGUUCCA